AUGGCGCCCGUCCUCUUGCGCGCUUUGUCGUCCACUCUCUUGGCAGGUGCAGUCCUGCAUUGUGCCGCGGCCGAUGCAGGAGAACCGAAGGUCGAGCCGGAGACAAUCAUCACCAUUCCGGGAAAAGGCCUGGACGCUGACGAACAGAAAAUUGUUUGGCUCGGGCCUUCUAAAUCUCUGCGAGUGGUUGACGCCACCAAUGCAGCCGUUUUCUUGCCGCAGGUGAAGGGGGAGGCCCAGGAGGAGGAUUCUUCCUCGAACGCGGGCGAGAUGAACAAAGUGGCGUAUCUCUUUCAGAACGGUGCAUGCGACUUCAGCAAGACCGUGGAGUACAAGUCGUUAUUCCCUCAGUCUCAGGAGCCGUUGUGGGUUCGGACCGCGCAGGAGCAGCCUACCGAUGCCGGCGAUCCGCUACCUUCAUCUGUGGCGAAUUACACAUUUAUCAAUCCUCCCGCAAAAGAGUUGAACGGGGUUUCCAGUUUUUGUGUGAGGUUCAUGGUGAAGCGCCCUCUGCAGUCGCAUUCGGCUCCGUCAGCAGCACCUGACACCACACUUGGCGACAUGGAUCAUAGCAGCAGCGAAAGCCACAGUGAUCGUGGUGUGGGCGCCGGGCACGUUCCGUCCGAGCCUCCAAAAGAGCAGGAGCCAGAGCUCGAGCUGACUGGCGAUGAGAGUCCGCAGGGUCAAGCAGAAGAGUCUGGAAAUAGCGGCGGCUCCUCUCCAAUUCUACCGGCUGAUUCAAGGGCUGCCGCCCGACCGCAGACCGACAAGGCCGAGCAGGAAAAUGAGGAGAUACCCCAAGUUCCGCAGGUGGAGAAUUCUGGACCAUCCGGCUCUAAAAUUGAGAACUCAACCCCCAGCAAGACUCACCCUGAGAACUCUGCUCAAAAAGGAGACAAGGAGGAGCCAAGUAGUAACAAUAAAGGGGACGUCCCUAGGCACGUCCUUCCAGGCUCCGAUCCUGCGAACAUUCAGAAGUCCGAAGGCGAUGCACACCACGACAGUGCUGCCGAGCUUGAAGUGAGUGCACCGAAGGAUCCAGAAGAGAAGGACAAAAUCCAUGAGCCAGAUGUGCAGGACCCCAGUAGGGGAGCGAGCGCAGGAAAGCAAGCACGCCUGCGAAGACUUUCAGAGCCCACAGUGUCACAGAACAAGUACCUGACCAUCAUCGUGCACUCCGCUGCAGGGAGCGCUGUCGGACGAGUAGGAGCUGCAUCCGCUGCCCUGCUAGCUGCAACCGCGUGGCUGCUGCCGAUGUUCUAG